AUGACGCAGCAAAUUUCUAAGUCCUCACGAUCACAGGACUGUUGGAGUUGUUGUACCCCGUUGGAUGACACGACUGACCAGUUUGUAGCAGGUGCGGCGAAAGAUGCAGUUCUCGUUCACGUAGGACGCGGAUGUGACGAUGAAUUGGAGAACGUCACAGUGUUGUGUGUCGCGAACGACUCUUCUCAAUCUGACACAAGGAUCAAUGACGGCAAGGUCGUUCACGUGGAUCCGAGAACAGGAAAGAUGUUAAGCAAAGUUAAAAUUUCAGCUGAAAACGUAACCAGUGCCACGUUCGGCGGUCCGCUUCUUGGAUACUUUGUACGUGAUCACGUCGGGCUUCAGUUUAAUAAUAACGAGGUUUCGAUAUUCAACAAAAACCAAAAUGAUUAUAUUUCACUGAAAAAUAUAUUUUUAUACAAAACAGUAGUCAAUUUCUCUAGAUAGGCAGCUGCUAAUGAUUAUCUCAAAUUGAUUUGUUUUAACGACCUUCUAUGAUAAUCUCUCUGCCAUCCGGCAACAAGUUACAAAAUUUGAUUUACCAUUGAUUCAACUCUCUGUUAUUCAGCGAGCAACGUCUGCUUUUACAGAGUUAAACGGUUUUUCCAACAUUAUUCCAUCGGAUCGGAGGUACGGCGGACACGUUGAUAGUACACAUACAUGUGUAUGGGUAUGCGGCGAACCAGGGUUUCUCAGUGUCCCCAGAGAGUGAUCGAGUGGAUUGCCUUGACGCGCGCAACUCUCCACGCCUGAAAGUCACCUCCAAACUUCCCUCCUCUGAUUUUCCAUCUCUCUCUCCCUCUGUUUCCCCCUCCUCCCUCUCUCUCUUUCUCCUGCUCCUUCAAAACGGUCGGUUCUUCUUCACAUCCUUCUUUCUCCUUCUCUCUCCCAACCUUUGUCUUUCCACGCGUCCACUCCCGAGAGCAAGGAACGCUCUCGGACAGGAAGAUAAGUGAUCGUCGAAAUUGCUCGGCUUGGCAAGAAGCUACCACGUGGUCUCGGAAAGAAGUGUCGUCCACGUCCUUCGCUGUCACGAUGGUACAUUUUCAGCUACCUGCGAGAGUGCAGAACACCGUAGGGCGUCCAAUGGUACCCAUAGAUAUCCAAUAGUAUAAUUUGAUUUUCUGUUUGUUAAUAUAUUAACAUGUCAAUAAUAAUCGUAAUGAUAUAAAAUUAUUAUUUACAUAAAUGAUUAUUGAAAAAUAAACUAUACGAACUGGUGUAAAAACUAAAUUGUGCAAGGAAGCUUCUUUUUCUUUCCAAAUAGAUUCUUUAACAGAUUCUAACUUCGUUUAUAAAAUGGAAUAAUUUCAUAACGAAAGAAAAAAAGUGUAUGUGUAUGACUUUAUUUUUCUUUUAUUUUCAUUAAAAGAGAUCUAAAAGAAUAAGAACUCCAAAACAUCAAAAUGGAAUCUAUAAACAUUAGUAUAUUUGGACGUUUAUUUUAUGUUGAUUAUAUUAGAGAUAGAAGAAUUUUUAUUUUUCUUCGUAUGUUAUAUGUAUAUACGAUGUAAAUAUUUGAAACCAAAAAAUCAAUAUCGGUUCCGAAAUUCUCGUACUUACUCCAACUUUUUGCCACUGAAAUUUAUAUCGCGAAUUGAUUAUUUAUUUUCAAUGUCGCAUGUGUAUCGAGCCUAACGACAUGACGAGACUCA